AUGGUAGGCCCAAUGAGACCUCAGAUUGUGCUCUUUGGCUCGUCUAUAAUUCAGAUGAGUUUCGAUAACGGUGGUUGGGGUACUAUUCUAGCUAAUUUAUAUGCUAGAAAGGCGGACAUAAUUUUACGAGGAUAUUCAGGUUGGAAUUCAAGGCAUGCUUUGGAUGUUCUGGAUGAAGUUUUCCUUAGUGAUCCUUUGGUCUACUUUGGUGGUAAUGAUUCUAUUCACCCUCACCCAUCUGGCCUUGGUCCUCACGUACCCCUUCAAGAAUAUGUUGAAAAUAUGAGAAAGAUUGCUAACCAUCUAAAGAGCCUUUCGGAUCAUAUUCGCCUUAUAUUUCUCACCUCUCCUCCCAUAAAUGAAGAACAAAUGCGCAAAAAGCUCAGUGAAACACAGUCAGGAAGAACCAAUGAAUCAUGUGAAAUAUAUGCAGAGGCAUUAAUGGAGCUUUGUGAGGAGAUGAAUAUCAAGGCUAUUAAUCUAUGGUCCGCAGUCCAGAAAAGGGAUGACUGGUUAGAUGUUAGCUUCACGGAUGGAGUACAUCUGUCCGCUGAGGGAAGCAAGGUAGUGGUGAGGGAAAUAAUAAGGCUCCUUAGAGAAGCAGAUUGGAAGACUAGUCUGCAUUGGAUGUCUAUGCCAACAGAAUAUGCUGAUGAUUCACCAUAUUAUCCUCCUAGUGCUGAUGAAACCACCACUAUUAAUGUGUCUUACUGUAUCUCUCGGAAGUGUUUGCAAUGGGAUUUAUAG